UGUGAGACGGAGCGGCGAGACCGAGCGGCGGCUUCGAGCGCUGUGCGGCGGCUCCUCCCGCCCGGGGUCAGCGCCCCAGCGCGCGCACGCGCACCCCCGCCGCCCGAACGCGCUCCGCGCCGCCCGCUCGGUUAGUCCGUCGAUAGUCCGUCGUCCUGUCGCCGCGCCGCCGCCACCGCGGGCGCCACCUGAAGGAGCUGCCGCCGCGGAACCCGAGCGGACUGGAUACGACCCUGCCACCCGAGGCCGCCCAGGGCCGAACAGCCGCCCGCAGAGGCGCCGAGCAACUUCGGUUGGCCAGCACGUUGACGGAGUUGCCUUUUGACAUAGCUCCCACCAUGGCCGGCUGGUAGGACCACCGUCCCAUGCCCAGAAGCCAGUUCAGAAUGACUGAAGAAGCAUGCCGAACACGGAGUCAGAAACGAGCGCUUGACCGGGACCCAGCAGAGGACGAUGUGGAGAGCAAGAAAAUAAAAAUGGAGAGAGGAGUGUUGGCUUCAGAGUUAAACGCUGACGGAGACAUGAGAGUGACGCCUGAGCCAGGAGCAGGCCCAGCCCAAGGGUUGCUGAGAGGCGCAGAGGCGAUGGCCAUGGGCAGAGGCGAAGGGCAGGUGGGCGAUGGGCCCGUGGACAUGCGAACCACACACAGUGACAUGAAGUCCGAGAGGAGAGCCCCUUCGCCCGACGUGAUCGUACUCUCUGACAACGAGCAGCCUGCAAGCCCGAGGGUGAAUGGGCUGACCGAGGAUGCCUUGAAGGAGACCAGCACUGAGGCCCUCAUGAAAAGCAGUCCUGAAGAACGAGAAAGGAUGAUUAAGCAACUAAAAGAAGAGUUAAGAUUAGAAGAAGCAAAACUCGUUUUAUUGAAAAAGUUGCGGCAGAGUCAAAUACAAAAGGAAACUACCACCCAGAAGCCCGCAGGCUCCACUGGGAGCUCUGUGACCACCCCUCCCCCGCUUGUACGGGGCACCCAGAACAUUCCUUCCGGCAAGCCAUCACUUCAGACCUCUUCAACUCGGAUGCCUGGCAGUGUCAUCCCACCACCCCUGGUCCGUGGCGGGCAGCAGACGUCCUCGAAGUUAGGGCCACAGGCGAGCUCACAGGUCGUCAUGCCCCCACUCGUCAGGGGGGCCCAGCAGAUCCACAACAUCAGACAACAUUCCAGCACAGGGCCACCACCGCUCCUCCUGGCUCCCCGGGCAUCUGUGCCCAGUGUGCAAAUUCAGGGACAGAGGAUCAUCCAGCAGGGCCUCAUCCGCGUCACCAACGUCCCCAACACUAGUCUGCUCGUCAACAUCCCACAGCCCUCCGCAGCAUCGCUGAAAGGAACGACAGCCACUUCUGCUCAGGCCAACUCCACCCCCACCAGCGUGGCCUCCGUGGUCACCUCUGCUGAUUCUCCAGCCAGUCGGCAGGCAGCCGCCAAGCUUGCACUGCGCAAACAGCUGGAGAAGACGCUGCUUGAAAUCCCCCCACCCAAGCCCCCCGCCCCUGAGAUGAACUUCCUACCCAGUGCUGCCAACAAUGAAUUCAUCUACCUGGUCGGCCUGGAGGAGGUGGUGCAGAACCUGCUGGAGACGCAAGCGGGCAGGAUGUCAGCCGCCGUUGUGCUGUCUCGGGAGCCCUACAUGUGUGCACAGUGCAAGACGGACUUCACGUGCCGCUGGCGGGAGGAGAAGGGCGGCGCCAUCAUGUGCGAGAACUGCAUGGCAUCCAACCAGAAGAAGGCACUCAAGGUGGAGCACACGAGCCGCCUGAAGGCCGCCUUCGUGAAGGCGCUACAGCAGGAGCAGGAGAUCGAGCAGCGCCUCCUACAGCAGGGCGCCGCCCCCGCGCAGGCCAAGGCCGAGCCUGCUGCCGCCCCACACCCUGCGCUGAAGCAGGUCAUAAAACCCCGGCGUAAGUUGGCGUUCCGCUCAGGAGAGGCCCGCGACUGGAGUAACGGGGCUGUGCUACAGGUCAGAACUGCGGUGCCGGGAGCCCCCUGCACCGAACCACCAACCGGCCCUCACAUCCCAGACCGUGACCACGUCAGUCGCCGACUGUCACACUGCCUGUGUCUGUCUGCCUCCAGCCAGCUGUCCCGGGGCUCGGCCACAACGCCCCGAGGCAUCCUGCACACGUUCAGCCAGUCACCCAAACUGCAGAAUGCAGCCUCGGCCACAGCCCUCGUUAGCAGGACCGGCAGACAUUCCGAGAGAGCCGUGAGCGCUGGCAAGGGCAACGCCACCUCCAACUGGAAGAAGGCGCCCCUGAGUACAGGCGGGGCCCUUGCAUUUGUCAGCCCGAGCUUGACGGUGCACAAGACCUCCUCAGCUGUGGACCGCCAGCGGGAGUACCUCCUGGACAUGAUCCCGCCACGCUCCAUCCCCCAGUCGGCCACGUGGAAAUAGUGCGAGCCGGGCCCAGUGGAGAACAGGCUCCCUCCUCCCUCCCACCUGGCCCCACCACCCUCCACUCGGGAAGACACCCUGCUGCCCGAGAGGGCGAGUAAGCGCCGGCCGUGCUGCGGAAGUGAGAGUUCCGAUCUUGGCUGCAAAGUCUCAUCGACGUGGGGGGACCACUUCACAGGUGGACCAGGAUUAUUACUGGGGACCUUUCCCAUGGGCUUUCUUCCUUUCUUUGCCUUUAGUUUGCCCAACACCAGCAGAAAAGCGGACCUUGGGGGCUGGUUCUGCUCCUCGCCCUCUCCUUCGGCCCCCUGAAGGGCACAUGGAUGGCUCACCCUAGACACUGUGACACGCUCGGGCAAUGGCGCCCGGGGCUUCUGAAGUUGAGUGGAGCAUUCUGUUUUGUUUUUGCUUUUCCCUCUGUCUUAGCCUCCUAAUCUUUGACUGCCUUCCUUCAUGGCAAUCUCUAGGUUGACAGAUUUUUUUAAAUCACCUCACGAUGAUGGAGUUUAAUGUAAACCGUGCAGACCUUCCCUGCCAAGCACGGCCCCCAUGCCCUGGAGGGUGGGCCUCUGACCACCCAGCCCUUGCUCCAGCAGAAGGCCUCUGCUGCUGCUCGUCCCAGAGACCCCCGACCUUCCACACUUAAGCAGAAGAACAAACUGCAACCCGGACCCAGCCAGAGAGCCCGGGAUCCUGGAAGCUGAGAACCGUCAACAGAGUAGGGAGGAGAGAAUCGGCAGCAACAUCCAGAGCCUGAGCGGGAAGUUGGAGGGGCUGGCUGUUGUGUUUUUUUGUUGUGGUGGUUUAUUUUAUUAAAUCCUUUUCUUUUCCUA